AACCAGUGCCGGCCAUGGAUGAUGAGGUCGGAGUUGUGGUGAUCGUAGUACCUUUUGUAGCACAAGGUCAUCUCAACCAACUUCUCCACCUCUCUCGUCUCCUUUCUUCUUACARUCUACCCGUCCAUAUCGUCGGCACCACCACCCACAAUCGCCAAGCAAAGCUUCGUAUCCAUGGCUGGGAUCCCACCUCCACUGCAAAUAUCCAUUUCCAUGAAUAUCAAACACCCCAAUUCCAAUCUCCUCCUCCCAACCCUAAUGCCUCCACAGUAUUCCCCAUACACCUUAUCCCAUCAUUCCAAGCAUCAAGUCUUCUUCGUGAACCUUUUUCAAAACUAUUGGCCGGAAUUUCUCCGACAGCCAGGCGAGUCAUCGUUGUUCAUGACAACCUGAUGAGCACGGUUGUUCAAGACGUUGUUUCAUAUCAAAAAGUCGAAGCGUAUUCCUUUCACUGUGCUUCGGCUUUCACAACAUUCUCGUACGUUUGGGAAGAGAAAGGAAAGCCAUGUUUAGACGUUGAAUCCGAUACGCAACUUUCAAAUAUCCCUGAUAGUCUUUAUGAGAUUAUACCAGAAGAUCUUUUCGAGUUCAUUAUGCGUAAUGAUGACUGCAAGAGGUUUAAUUCAGGCAAUGUUCAUGAUGCCUGCAAAGUCGUUGAUGGCAAAUUCCUUGACUUUCUUUCGAAAGAAGGAAUCAGUGGAAGUACAAAGCAGUGGGCAAUGGGUCCUUUCAAUCCCGUCGCCAUAAGCGAUAACAGUAACCCUAGCAAACGUCACGRAYCACUAGAGUGGCUUGAUAAGCAAGCUACAGACUCGGUGAUAUACGUUUCAUUUGGGACGACGRUUUCACUAUCUGAUGAACAGAUUCAAGAACUUGCUAUUGGCAUAGAGAACGCUAAGCAAAGCUUUAUAUGGGUGUUACGAGAUGCUGAYAGAGGAGAUAUAUUUGAAGGUGAAGUCAGGAGAAUUGAACUGCCAAWAGGGUUUGAAGAGAGAGUUGAAGAGAAAGGACUGGUGGUUCGAGAAUGGGCACCACAAUUAGAGAUACUGGCUCACCCUGCAACUGGUGGYUUCAUGACUCAYUGUGGUUGGAAUUCGAGCAUGGAGAGCAUCACAAUGGGAGUUCCCAUGGCUGCAUGGCCGAUGCAUUCGGACCAACCAAGAAACGCAACCCUAAUAACAGAGGUGCUGAAGAUUGGCAUAAGUGUAAGGGAUUGGGAGCAUCGCGGUGAGGUGGUGAAGUCUGCAACGAUCAUGAACACCAUACAAAAGUUGAUGGCUUCAAAUGAAGGAGAUGAGAUAAGGAAGAGAGCUGCAAAACUUGGUGAUGACGUAAGGCAAUCAGUGGACGAAGGUGGAGUGACACGCAAAGAGAUAGAUUCGUUUAUUGCUCAUAUCACUCGAUAAAGACACACAUGUAUGGUUAAAAUCUUGAAAUCCCAAAAUUGAAAAUUAAGCAAACGCCAUAUUUUUAUGUAAUUAAUUGAAG